GUGUGCGGUUUGUUCCUGGUUGAACCUUGUGUGGAGAUUGCUCCAAGGAGAAAAACAAGACGCGGGGCUAUAAGUUAGCAAAGCAGGGUGCUCUCGAGGCACUUGCUGCACCGCAAAAGAACCGAGGACUGAAUACUAAGGUUCAAUGAUGAAGCUUUGCAGAGGUAUGCCGAGUCAGUCACAGGUCACAAGAAUGGCGAUGGUAAUUUUUUUCGCACUGACCGUGGCACCCGGCCGUGGCCCGCAUAUUGGUCAGCAUCCAUCAAGGAGGCGGUGACUGUGAGAGCAUCUAUAAGCGCUACAGCGAGGAUCACAUACUGUGCCGGCCGCGCCCGAGCGUCUGCCAUGCCGUUGACUCGGGCAUCGAAGACGCCGACAAGAGAAUCAUCCUCGACGCACACAACCGCUUCCGGAGUCAAAUCGCAACGGGAAAUAACUGCUCGAGGCUGCCCCAUGCUUCCAACAUGCUAGAAAUGGAAUGGGACGACGAUCUUGCAAGAGUGGCGCAGGCCUAUGCCGAAAUUUGCACUAACCAGCCAUCCUGCCACUCGUGUAUGAAAAUCGAGAAAUUUCCAUACGUCGGCCGCUCCCGUUGCGUCAUCCACACGGAUUCUGAGGACGACAACCCUGACUGGGAAGGAUGCAUAGGAUACAUGUUUAACGAGUCCCUCAGGAUUCCCAUCGCAGGUUCAAGUACACCGUUGAGAACAAUUCAUGGAGCCGAAAGUUUCACUCAGCUGGCGUGGGCGACAACCUGGAAAGUUGGAUGCGGCUAUGUCAAAUACCGAUCUCAUAAUUUUCGAUCUGAGAUGCGCUACACGUGUGCCUACGGUCCUGGUGGUAAUAUCCGAGGCGAGGAUGUUUACAAAGUUGGGCCAGCCUGCUCGAACUGUGCUGAGGGCACUUGCUGUGGAACAGCGUGCCAAAGACACAACGUCACUCCGUCGUUCAACGGCUUGUGCAAGGUUAUCGACGACGGCCCGAGCGUUCCUUUGGACGAUGACAAAUUGUUGUCGGCAUGCUUGUUCAACAAAGCAACUACGCGCGCCUGCACCUUCCGAAGUGAACCGACUGAUGGUUGGACGACGAAGACAUCAUACGCAACGGGCUUCGCCGAAUCUGUGCUCGAGUCCGGGCAGAGCGCGCAGUUUACCUUCGAAGAGCCCGUCCAAACGAGCAACGGCCGGCUCUGCGUCGAGGUCGACUACAACAAGGGACCUAACGUGGCCGGUAUGCCUGACCGCGGACUGUUCAACCUUCUUGUGACACCUGUCGAGAGCCCUGAUCGCCAGAGGACCAUCAGCCUGUCAGGAGGAGCUACAAAUGUCAUGCACAUGCGGGUUACACUAACCUAUAACGUUGCCGUACAGGAAACACCAUCGACUUGCGGGUGUCGUUGCCGACGGAUUCCUUUCUUGGGGCCCUCACGCCGUUUGCAGAUUGGCUUCUCGUUCGCCGUACCAAGAGGAAGCUCGGCCCAGUAUGUCAACAUUCACAAGGUUGCCGUCUACGAUAAAGCUUGCUCCAAGUGAUGCGGUUAAUGUACCACCUUUCUGAAUAAACGGUUUCGUCUGGUUAGUCGAA